AUGGAGAACGCAAAAGCUCGCCUUCAAAGGCUCGCAUCACACUUCGUCUCUGCAGCACCGGACACCCCGGAGAAGGAGGGUCAGACUAGCUACGACCAUCGCCACAACUUCCAUUCGCUAUCUCCAACAGCUUUCCUCGAGCGUGCGGCAUCUAUUGAACCCGAUGCGUUGGCAGUCUAUCACAGAACGGCAAACAACAAGAUCCUGCGCCGCUCAUAUGCUGAAGUUGCGGAUCGUGCUCGUGGACUAGCAUACUACCUUCGCCAACACAACUACAAGCGCGUCGGCAUACUCUGUCCCAACACACCCGCAUUCCUGGAGAGCCUGUUUGGAAUUGCCGCUGCGGGUGCCGUGAGCAUUGCUGUCAACUACCGCCUCAAGAAAGAUGAUAUCUCAUAUAUCAUGACCCAUUCUGGCGUCGAUAUCAUCAUCACGGACGCCGAGUUUACAUCUCUGCUAGACAACUACAGCGCCGCUAAUCCAUCAGUGCCCAUCAUCAUCGACAACGACACCGACGCAACCGAAGGCGAGCUCAGUGGCCCCUUCGACGACGCCGUCCUCGAAGGCCUGACGUAUGACCACCAGCACAGCUCCCAAGGCUGGGCAGGUCUCGAGACGCAAGUGCAGGGCGAAGAGUCCGUGAUAGCCCUCGCCUACACAUCCGGCACGACCGCCCGGCCAAAAGGCGUCGAAUAUACGCAUCGUGGUGUCUAUCUUGCUGCGCUCGGCAACGUCAUCGAAAGCGGCCUGAACUACCACAUCGGCCGCUGCAAAUACCUCUGGACGCUGCCCAUGUUCCACGCCACGGGAUGGACCUUUCCAUGGGCAAUUACGGCAGUACGGGGCACGCAUUACUGUCUACGGAAGAUCGACUACCCCGAGAUCUGGCGGCUGCUGAAGGAGGAGAAGAUCACGCAUUUCAACGCUGCGCCGACAGUCAAUACACUACUGUGUGCGGCGAAGGAGGCGGAGAAGUUGGAGCAUGCGGUUCGAGUAACCGUAGCGGCGAGUCCGCCUACCGCGCAUCUUUUCGAGACGAUGACAGCGUUGAAUCUGCACCCUGUACAUGUCUACGGGCUGACGGAAACGUACGGACCCAUAACGAAGGGAUACCACAUGCCCUCGUGGGAAGAUCUGCCAUUGGCGGAGAAGUAUAGAAAGAUGGCACGACAGGGUCACGGCUUCAUCACGUCGCAGUCCGCCAGAGUGAUCAAGCCAGACCAGGAACCGGGCGUGCUGAUUGACGUUGCGAAAAAUGGUCUUGAGAUCGGGGAGAUAGUGUUCGCGGGUAACAUCUGUGCAAAGGGGUAUUAUCGCGACCCAGAGGCAACGAGGAAGCUAUGGGAAGGAGGGGUGAGUCACUCAGGUGACUUAGCGGUGAUGCAUGAGGAUGGCGCGAUUCAGAUAUUGGAUCGGGCAAAGGAUAUCAUUAUUAGUGGAGGCGAAAACAUCUCAUCCGUCGCCCUCGAAUCCAUGCUAGUAACGCAUCCGGACAUCCUCGAAGCUGGCGUCGUCGCCGUCGCAGACUCGCACUGGGGCGAGCGUCCGAAGGCCUACAUUACUGUGAAAUCCGGGCACUCGUUGAAAGGCGACGACGUCAUCGACUGGGCGAAGCACAAGAGCGAUAUCAGUAAGUUUAUGGUACCUAGAGAGGUCGAGGUGGUAGAUGAGCUGCCCAAGACGAGUACGGGGAAGCUGAAGAAGAAUGUGCUGAGAGAGUGGGCGAAGAAGUCGCACUCGUGA